UUGCAUUUGAGAUUAUCAAAUUAUACACUGAAUACUACUUAAUUAUCGUUACAAAUAACAUUUGGAAGACCUAUUGGCCGGUUUUAUUUUUGAAUAUUCCACUCAGUUUAACAAAUAUAUAAUUUUGACCUUUCGCCGGAGAAAAAACAAACCAAACUUACUUAGUAAGAAGCACUUUCCAUUAUUAUUAUCUCUGUUCCCCCACCACAUUUCAUAUUCACAUAAUAAUAAUGUUCAAUAAUACAACAACCUCCUUCGGCUCCGGCCCCGGCAUCGUCGUCGUCCCAACUCCCGCCACAACAGUUCCCACCACCGACUUCCCCGGUACCACCAUCACUUCCAACUCCACCUUCAUUAUCAUCGGACCUCCACCACCGUUCCCAGCUCCUCCCCGGAGCAUCGACCUUACUCCUCUCAAACUAAUCUUCGUCGUCAUCGCCUUCGUCGCCGUUCCCGCUUUAGUUUACGCUCUCUUCUUCAACGGCCCAUGUUCUUCCUCCCGCCGCAACUCCUCUUCUUCCCGCACCAGCUCUUCCUCCGACGAUACACCUCACGCCACCGUCGACACCCCGCCGAUCACCGAGACCACCGUAACUUCGGAAUCCGGAGGGAAAUUCCACAAAGAUACACAUUCUAAAGAGAUUGGAAACGAGUGCUCCGUGUGUCUCAUGGUGUUCACCGACAGCGAUGAACUCCGGCAACUAAGCGAGUGUAAACACGCGUUCCACGUGUUAUGUAUUGAGACGUGGCUUAAGGAUCAUCCUAAUUGUCCCAUUUGUCGAACUGACGUCUCCGUUAAACAACAAACCGAAGCUCCCAACGUUCCCGUUAACGUUAACGGAAACGUGAAUCGCAGCGGCGGAAACCGUCGCGUUUCGGCCACUAGUAGAGAUGACGAUUGGCGUCAAGGUUUACCUGAUGCUUCUAGUUUAGUUUGAAUUUUUUAUUUAAUAAAAUUUAUUUCUCUGUUUUUUUCCACAGAUUUUUAAAGAUAUUUUUGUAAACAAAUUACGUCAAUUUCGAAAAAAUUAUGUCCGUUAAAUUAAUUUAUUUUAUGUAAUUGGUUGAAUCGUAACUCCGUAUAAGCAACUGUGAGUGUGUCUGUGCGUGAUGUGAAAUCUGACGUUGACUCACAGCAAGCUCA